AUGCCCACUGUGCGAAGCCAUUUUGAUAGCCCUCGCACAGCGCUAAAACUUUCCAAACCACAUGACUAUUGGAUUGAAUUAAAUCGAUUUAAACACUGGGCGAUAAAACAGAAUAUUGAAUAUCAACAAACCUUAGUGAAACGUCGCUAUGAUAAAAAUCGAUCGAAUCCAAGUUACGCAGUUGAUGAUCUUGUAUGGCUGAAAAUAUUGGCUGGUCGAACAAAAUUAGAUGAA